AUAAGGUAUUGUCAUUGUUAGGACAUAGUCUAUAUUGUUUGGUCAUAAAGGAUAUAAAAAUGGCGACGCCUCCUAUUUUUCAAUUGGAAAAACUGAUGGACACUGAUGAAAAACAGCACAAGAGGUUCUCUCAAAUGUGUGAGGCAUUCAAGCAAAAGUAUGGUUCAAGACCGGAGUUCAUCGCCAGAGCGCCUGGAAGAGUGAAUUUAAUUGGAGAACACAUAGAUUAUUGUGGAUAUUCAGUUUUGCCAAUGGCAAUUGAGCAAGAUAUUUGUGCUGCUGUCAAGAAAACUAACACAGGAGAAAUCAGGAUUUGUAAUCUGGACGCCAAGAAUUAUAAAGACUUCACAACCAGUAUCAAGAACAUUGUUAUUGACAAAUCAAAUCCUCAAUGGUUUCAUUAUUUCUUCUGUGGUUUUAAAGGAAUUGUUGAGAAUGAAAGCUUACAAGAACCAGUUGGGAUGGACAUCCUAGUUCACGGUACUGUACCAAAGAAUGCUGGUUUAUCAAGUUCUAGUGCUCUUGUGUGUGUAGCUGGACUUGCAACCGCUUUCGCAAAUGGGAAAUCAAUAUCCAAGUUGAACAUGGCUGAUAUUUGUGCAAAAUGUGAGAGAUAUAUCGGAACACAAGGAGGAGGGAUGGACCAGUCAAUCUCUUUCCUUGCUGAAAAAGGAGCAGCUAAACUCAUCUCCUUCAACCCUCUUCGUACUGAAGAAGUUUCUCUACCAGAUGGAAGUGUGUUCGUAAUCUCAAAUUGUUGUGUUGAAUUGAAUAAAGCGGCAACUUCACAUUUCAAUCAGCGGGUUGCUGAAUGCAAGAUUUCUACCAAGGUCCUAGCCAAACAAAAUGGUGUUGACAUUACCUCAGUAAAAACAUUCAAAGACCUUCAAACCAAACUUGAAGCUUCGUUUGAUAAAAUACUGGAUCUGGUGAAAACUGGUUUACAUGAUGAACCGUACUCUAGGUCGGAGAUUUUAGAAAUUCUUGGAAUAUCAGACGAACAACUCGUGGAAUAUUGUCUCAGUGAGAAUACAAAGGAUGUACAAACGUUCAGACUGAGACAACGAUCUGAGCAUGUAUUCAGUGAAGCACAAAGAGUUCUCAAAUUCAAAGAAGCUUGUGAUUCAAAAGAUAUGCAGAAUAAGAACGAAGCAUUGGGCAAUCUAAUGACAGCAAGCCAUGUAAGUUGCAGCAAAUCAUAUGAAUGCAGUUGCUUGGAGUUGGAUCAGCUCACUCAACUAUGCAGGGAUUCUGGCGCACUUGGAUCUCGACUAACAGGGGCAGGAUGGGGUGGAUGUGCGGUAUCAAUUGUGCCUUCUGAAAAAUUGGAAAGUUUCCUAACAAAAGUCAAAACCCAAUACUUUGACAACUUAGGCCAGAGAAUGACAGGCAGGACCAUGGAUGAAGUAUUAUUCGCAACUAAACCAGGUUCAGGGGCAGCUGUGUAUGUCGUGAAUUAAAAUGAUCAUUACUUGCAACCAGGGCUGUAAAAUGUUUUGCCUCCAACUUGAAAAAAAAUUGGCUCUCAAUCUGAGUUAAGAAAAAUUACGCUUCCCAUUUCGGGUUGUACAAUAUUUAGACUCGGACUAGAGCUCCUUAACAAUCAAAUCCUGAUAACAAACGAUUUGUGGAGUACCCUAUGAAAGCUUUCUUUAAUAGAUUAUUAAAAACGAAAGUUCCGACUCCUAUUACCACUGAAAUUUUAUAAAAAAUUUUAAUUUCAUAAUAAAAUUUAAAUACUAAAAAAAUUUAGAGUAUGCGAUCCUUCUUUAAUAGACUGCUAAGAAUGGUCAGUAAACGUAAUGCUUUUUGAAGUCCUAAACAAAAUUCUCACUAUUUUUUUACCUUUCAAAGUCUGAAAUUCCAACAGCUUUAUGGAAUCCAGUACUUUAACCCAGACUCUAGUGAAAACCUACCAAAGUCAGACUCCCAAAUCUGGCACUACAGCCCUGCUUGCAACACUGUCUAAAUUCUGAUUCCUACUCUGCAGUAUGCUUUCAUAUUAUAACAAGUGCAAUUUUUGAUAAUGUCCAUAAAUUCUAGAAUGUAAUGAAUUUGUAUCUCACUGCAUUGUACCUAUGAUAACCAUGUUACUCAAAAUCAUAUUUUUUAACUAUCACUUCUAUUAACUCUAAUAAUGUUUGGUAAUGUAAAAUGUAUUGGAACAUAACUGUAAACUUUAUGCAGCAGAAAUGAAAAUAAAAGGUGCUUUUCAUAGAUUCCGUGUCAUAUAUGCUUAGGAAAUGAUCAAUAAAACCAUUUGUAUUUUCUUGUUGAGCAUAAUUAAUCUAGCAUGGCUAGUAGUAGUUUUCGAGAAAUCAUCAUUGACCUGACACUCAGUCAGACCAGACGUAACAUUGUUCUGAAAAACUGCAAUUCGCUAACUUGUUGCUCUGAUACUAUAAUAGGACAUGAUAAAGCUGAGGAAAUGGUGUCAAAACCAACUUAAUUCUAGCUUGAUUUUCCUUAUAACCUUGGCAACAAUUGGCCUUAUAUUCGUUCCUCUGUUACCACUAAUCUUAAUUACCACUAGGAAUUUACAUACAACAUUGAAGUAGGGAUGAUCAUAUCAUAUCCAAAAGUGAAUAGUAUCAUUUUUCAUACUGUUUGAUUAAAUAAAUCAUGUUUUUUUUAGGGCAACUAACAUGUACUGGGCAUAUGUUUGGUAUAAUGUUAUUGACGUUUGAAUAUAAAAUUGAAAGAUAUGAUUGAAUUUUAGAAAUAAAGUAUAUUUUGACCGAUCCGAAGUGAUAAUAGAAACAAUCAUACUAUGUAAUACUUGUUCUGAUUCAAAAACAUCUGUAUACUCUUUGGAAUGUUUUAGUGCAAUAUAUAUAUAUCUGCAACUAUCAAUAUUAGUGAUGCUGAUUUGUAUUAAAUAAAUGCAAAAUAUUAUUAUGAAA